AUGGCAGCCUCGUGGUUAAUUCGUUUGAUCUUUCUGGCUGUUAAUGUUCUGAGCGCAAAUUUACUGGUGAUAUCCAACUCCGACUUCUGUGCGAGCGUUUUUGAAACUAAGAAUGGUAAUUUAACACGUUCGGCUCUAUAAAACAGUUUUCGACAACUUUUUCUAUAUCUCUCUGCCCAAACAAAAAAUACCCGCCAUUUAAAGCACUUUAAAAGCCCUUCCUCUUCUUGACUAUUUCUGGUGUUGAAAUUUAAUACUUAUAUUACAUGUACAACUUCUAUCACUUUUUUUUACUUCUGACGAUUCCCGCUCGCUCGUAUCUAAUCCCAGCAAGAGGCCUAAAGUCGUUUCCAGAAUUCUAUCUGAAUUUGGAAAAAUUAAGGAAACCGGAAAGAUGUGUCAUGUUAUGAGCAUCGAUGAGUAGGUUACCUGUAUGGGUUGGUUUAAUGUGCUUAUGACUGAAUUUAUAGUAGCCUGCGUGGCAGGCUACUAUAUUUCUCCUCAAUCCACAUCCCCUUUUUGCUUCCUCCCUAUCCCUACCUCUUCUGACACCUGCUACGCAAGCUAAAUUUAUAGUUGUUAGUGGUCGCAAGGAUGGAGUUGAUCUUGUUUUGAUCCAUCGCUAUGUAGUUAUUUUCGUAGCACGAUUUGGAUAAGAAAAAGAAGUUAUUUUGCAUCAAAACAAGGUUUACCCGUGUAACUUAAAUCGGAAUGUUAACGGAACAAGUAAUGGAGAACCUGCGCAUAAAUUAAUGCUCUCUGAUUAACCUGAACGGGAACUAUAUGUAUAAAGAUACGUCAUAUCUUGCUAGUAAGUUGCCACAGCUAACUUUUUCAAAGAGAAAUAAACAUUGUAGUUUUAGGUUAAUGGAACAAAACAAAACAAAACAUCCGCUUGCUUUAUCCAGGGUCGAACCAGGGUUACAAAGUUUGAUAAAGUUCCAAUGUUUUAAUCCAAGAUGAAAGUUUAAUGUUCCAAGAUUCUCUUGAUACGGUUAAAACUUAAUUGCAAUGUGUUUCCAAGGUCUCAAAGUUAACAUAGUUCCAAUGAUUAUCCCUGAUUCCAAGGUAUAAUAAGUUUACUAAGGUCCUGAUCCAUGUCCCAUCCAGAAGUCCAAUCCUUGCCGAAUGCGAGUCGUCGAUCGACGAGGACAAUAUUUUCGCAAUUUCUCCGCCAAUCGUCAAGGGUACGUCUUGACAUUUAGGUGAUUUAACCUCCCAUCGUCAAGGUGUUUUCGAUAAGAAAGUAAAAAAACUGGACUCUAGCUGUGCUCGGCAAAAACAGGCGAACUCCGAAUAGAAAAAUCUAUCGGAAAUCGCGGCCCGCAACCAGACGCUACUAAAACCUUAUGAAAAAGCUAGACCUAAACAAAAAAGAAUCAUGAAGGGAAGAAAUAAUUUGGCUUAGGUCGCCUUUCGUGACUUGCCAGUAUCCCGAAGGCUUUCGCUGGUUAACAAGCCAUCCUAAACCACGAGUGGGAAAACUCAAGAGCGACAAAUUUGGCAAGGAACGUUCUGAUUUCAACGUUCUUCAAAGGAAGCAAAUCGAUUAAAAAUCGAUACAGAUUUUGUACAAUCUGAUUGGUCGGCUUCGAAGAAGAGAUAAUCGAUAAAGAUUUUAGGCAAUCCUAUUGGCUGGCUUUGCAAUUUUGGGUACAACCGAACCGGAUUUUUACCUUGGGAGUGCCACAGGCAUCCAACGGAAUUAAGAAAGCAAGUAUAUCUUUUAUUAUAAAAAGGCAAAGCUAAACUAAGAUAAUAUUUGCCCCUGGUUCAUGAUAAAGUAUAUACUGUUUUAUUGCAUAUUCCCCCGUUCUUUAUUAUUUUUUCUUUCAGAUCAUGUUUUAGUUGGUCAUGUCAUGAAUACGUCAGCGGUUGCUGACGAGUUUGAAUGUCACCAAAAAUGCCUCAGAAAUAACAGCUGCAAGUCAUUUAAUGUUCAUCCCGGUACAGAUAAUACUAAACGAGUUUGUGAGCUGAACAACAAAACACGGCAAACGACGCAGGAUAAAUUUAAAAAGAAGAAAGGAUCUUCUUAUUAUGGACAUGUUAAGGUUAACGCAAAACAACCAAUUAAAACACUUGUUCACGACGGUCACCCUGAAUUCAAUUAUGAGACAACAGAUUAGUAUUUAAUUUCUUUAACUUUCCGGCUCAAAUUCUCAAAAAAUAGAAAUCACCUUUGAUCACAGUAGAUUAGGCUUGAAAAACAAUUUUUUUCCAAACAAGAUAACCUAUUCGCACACUUACACCGUCUUAUUUUAUAAGGUUAAUAGGCUACUUCCGAGCUCCAAAAACCCUCACUUUCAAAAUGAGGCGAAGUGCACAACCUUUCUUGUGAAAAUGAGUUUUAUUUACAUGAGAAUGAAAAAUAAUUUCCAUAUCAAAGGCUUAGCACUUAACCUCGUUUUGAUACAGAGGCACGGGGAAACAAGGAAAUCGCCUAUUGAACAGCCCCGAAAUAUAAUUUUAUGUUGUAAAGGAAGGUUAUGAGACACGAUAGUCCUCGGUUGCAGCCAAUUUACACUUUAUAAUUUAUUGGUUGUAUCCCUCCAUGGUCUUAUCGUCGAGAAGUAUGGUGCAGCCCUGCGGGAGAUGAGAUUAACAAUCCAGGCUUGAACUGCACCAUCGUAUCCUUACAUUACUUAUUGUUUAGCGUUGUAUUUCAGUUGUAUCUCGGUACGUGUGCGCGUACAAUUUAAUUUAAUUUUUAAUUUAUUUAAUUGACGUGUACAUUUAGUUCGUUAAUUAACGUCUUAAUUUUACUUUGCGUUAUUUUCCUCACUUACAUCUGUUGUCUGUGACUGUACUCACAUGGUGGGUGGCUCCUCCUAAAAUGUUCUGCAAUUGGUAUAGGAUUUAAUGGAAAACCAAUUAAGGAAUUGUACGCAUUUUAGGCAUCCUACUUAGUGAUGAACAGUUGCGACACGUAGAUAUAUAUUUUUUAGCAACUAAUAUAAUUUGCAGUCUGUCUACUUUGAAUUGCAGUAUUCUGCUUGCAGAAUUUAAUAUGUCUACUUGUUAUUUUUGCUGAUCAAGGUCUUUAUAGAUCCUACGUUUGGCAUAUUCGUUUGCGGUUUUAGUCCUUUGUGGUUAAUGUUUGUAAAUUAUGUAUUUUUGGGCCCUAGAUCUUUUAUAGAUCCGAUAUGCUGUAAUUUUUGCAUGGUUCUGUCCAUGUUUUUGAGGUUGGUUUUGACCAAUCCUAUAUUUUCUUUGCGACACAUCAACUUGACACUUGGACACUUGCCCCCCAGAAGGCACGUAGUAUGGCGUGAUUCUGUGGGGGUUGAGAGUUCUAGGUUAGGGCUUAAAUCAUAGUGCGUGGAUAUUUUUCAUCAGAGUUUUCUCUGGUUGUUACGCCAUACUGACGAGGCCCAAAAAGGAGCGAAACAGCUGUCUACGGCUACAGUCCCGCUCUGUUUUGAGUUCUUUCAUUGUCGUGUUGAUGUCCUGCAAAGUUAAUUUUCACGUAGUACGAUCAGCAUUGCAGUAUUCUGCUUGCAGAAUUUAAUAUGUCUACUUGUUAUUUUUGCUGAUCAGGUCUUUAUAGACUGAACAUGGCCAACGCGUGACCAUGGUGAGAAAAUCCAAAGCAACUACCUUUCCUGCCUGUUAAAAACUGGCUGAGAUUUCGCGUCCGAAGCCAGUUGGAAAUCAAUAUUUUAAUUGUGCAGCUCAGAAACACAACUUUAUUUCCUGUGCAUUGAAGAAAAAUUGAACUUGAGCCAACGAAUAUUUAAAAAGUAGUAACUUGUCAGCGGAUAAGUUCAUAAAAACGCAAACUCGAUGAAUCAACACAUGAGCCCGCGAUACGGCCAUGUGAUAUUGCUCAGCCAAUACCCUGUUUUGACAGCUGUCACCUGACAAAAACAUGGAUGUCCAAUAUCAGGUUACAGACUCCCACAAUACGUAGAAAGUGUGAGAUUUAAUAUUGGUUCCCCUAUAGUGCAGACAGACGGACGGACGGUCACGUGACCAAAUUUUCCCGGAUAGAUAGAAAUGCGCGCGUCGAGCUCCGCUAUUAAAACAAUCUUUCUUACUGUUUUUACAAAUGUACAACUUCGAUAAAAUACCUCUUUAUCUUCACAUUUUUCUUUCAGGAGGCUGGCUCCUCGUUUCCAACAUCACGAUGGAAAGUUCAACUCCUCCCUCUUAGCUGCCAAUCAAGACUUCAUACCGUGGAAUAACCAGUGAUCAGAUGGUUCUCACAAAAACCGCCAUGAAUGAGCUGAGAACAAACUUGUCUUUCACCCAACUGAGAUUCCACUGCAGUAAAAACAAUGGACGUACGUUCCACGUGACCACUGUUGCUAACAGCACUGGUGAAGCUGCAGUCCAGUACUUCAGCGGUCAGACGGAUGUCCAGCCCGCCUCGUGUGGCUCAUACGUCAGAAUGGAAAAUGACAACUCAGGGUCAGCAGGUGUUUGCCAAAAGUGGGGAUUGGAAAGUGGCUCAUUUGAGGUAGCUAAAUGGGGUGCUGGAUUUGAUCAAGAGAGAUUAUACGACCACCCUGCUUUUGCUAGAGAUUCAUAUCAUUGGGCGCUUAAUCAUCCAGACUACAGUGGUGGCCAAGCAAAAAGGUGGGAAUGCGAUGAUUAUCUUGUUGGCGUGAACACCGGUGAUUUCUGGAAGAUUUACGUUCGCUAA